AUGAGUCCUUCUUUUUGUGUCUAUGUAUCUGCAAUAAAAAAUUAUAAAAAUGAAAUUAAUGAAUCCACAAUUUUCGAUUGUGGUGUAUUAGAAGGAGGAUGUCGUCUUCUAAUAUACAUGGAUGGUGGCAGACAAAUCAUUGAUCGAUGUAAUAUCACAUCAAACAGAGUCAAUGAAGAUAUUGGAGGAUACUCAAUGUCAUCAAUUUCCACAGAUUCAUUUAUAAAAUACACCACAAUUAGAUCAAACAAUCAAUCAACUAGUUAUUAUUUUGGUUUAUGUUAUCACCAUUCAUCAACUUAUGAUAAAUUGAUUUCAGCAAUUUCAUGUAGUUAUGUUGAAAACAGACAGAUUAAUACAGAUGGAAGAUUAAUAGCAACAGCUACAAAACUUUCUAUGUUUGAUUGCUGCAUUUUAAGAAAUGAAUUCACUUAUACAUUUUAUCUCAUUAGUCAAGGCUCGAUCGUAUUUAAUAGUUCAUUUGCAGACAAAUAUUCAGCAACAUCAGAGGCAAGCUCUGUUAAAUAUGUUAACACAUUUGCAAGUUCAGAAUGCAAAUAUUAUCAAGUAGAUAUUAUCGAAAAUGAAAAUAAAGAAAAUAGUGAAUAUGAAGAAGCUGAAUUAUAUGACGUUGAAAAAAUCAAACGAAUUGUUCGAUAUCUUGAUAGAAAAUCUAAUUUCAUUCAAUUUUUAUAA